UCACUAAAUGAAUUGUAAGUCAAGGACUACCUGUAUUUUCAUUUAGUUUCACUGAUAGGGUUCCCCAGUUGGGUAAUAAAAGAUCGGCAAGUCAACAACCAAGCUCAGAGAGCACCAAAGACUCCCCCAGGUCAAUUUUGACUUACAUAUAUUUCAUUGUUCUCAGUGGGGAGUUGUGUCACACAAGAAAUACUGAGAAAUACUGAGGGAUUGAUGAGAAAUAUGUGUCUCUGGAUUGUAGGAUCUUAGAGGCGCUUGAGAAUGAUAAGAAAGAAAUGACCUAUAAAAUUGAAGGUUGCAGCAAGUGAAUGGAGACUGAUUAUAAUUUCAUGGAUGAAUCCAGUAACAGUGGAACUGAGAACCAUUUUGAAGGAACAGAUGUGAAGGACAUGAGAAUAGAAGCAGAAGCUGUUGUGAAUGAUGUUUUGUUUGCUGUGAGCAACAUGUUUGUCUCUAAAAAUCUCCCAUGUGUUGAAGAGGUAGCAUACAUCAAUGUGGAAACUAGGGAGAAGAACAGAUAUUGCCUAGAGCUAACAGAAGCAGGACUCAGGGUGGUUGCUUAUGAUUUUGACCAGAUGGAUGACAGUUUACAGAAUCCCUACCAUGAGACUGUCUACUCUUUGUUAGAUUCAGUUAGCCCAGCAUAUCGAGAAGCUUUUGGAAAUGCAUUACUACAAAGACUAGAAGAUUUGAAAAGCGAUGGGCAGUCCUGAUUGAAUUCACAACCAAAAGAGAGUUCCAAAAAAUGUAACUGAGAAUUUUGAGCAGCUUAUGCUGAGAACUUGAAAAGGAAUACUUUGUUUAACUUGCAUUCCUUGCUUUUAACAUUAGUUGCUCUACUAGUUGUAAUGGCACUAUCUAUAACCUUUAUAACUGAAGCUGUUCUCAGUAAACAACUCAAUUUGUUCUCAAAAUUUCAAACAAAGUUAUAGUCUUGGUUAAUUUUCUUUCAAGUGAUUGAAUAAUGUUUGAGUUUUAAUCUGUACUAACUCAAUGCUUAGUUUUAGCAAUGUUGCAGUUGGCAUUAAAUGUUUGUAACAAGAUAAUGCUUGUUCAAAAUUUGCACAAUACAGUCGUGUUUUCCAAGACUAACUUGGAAUUUUAUGAUGAACAGAAAAUUGCCUUGCCAAGCUUAGUAAAAUAGAUUUUCCAUUUACAAUUUUAAGCCCAAUACUGGUGAGCAGUAAAAAGCAGUGUUUAUUGUAUAGGUUGCAAACUUCGAAUACUGAACAGAAGAUGAAUUGUUGGCAUAAUGAAUGUAUUCAUCAAUUGAAAUACAAAUGGUAUAAGCACAAAGAUAAAGAACUAAAAAAGUGCAUUCUUCAUAAAGCCCCAUCUUUCUUACAGUUUUUGUUAAAAUGAAAUGCAUAUUCUAUAAAGGGUUACUUACAGUUUAAAUGUUUACACAAUGUAUAGUAUAUUGGAAAGUAUUUUGCACGCCUUAAUAUAUUCCCAGUUACUAAAUAUUUCUGUUACCUUUUAGUAUUUUAACCAUUGUUUUAAAUUAAUGUACAACACAAUAUUAAUUCAAAACCAAAGAGUCAAGUUGGAUUUGAAUCGAGAGAACAAAUUAGGUACCUAAAUAUGAAAUUUGCUAACAGUGGUGCUGUAGUUUUUUGUUUUUAAUUUUUACUGCUUACAAAAAGGGCCUGUUUUUAAAUGAAAGUUUGUAUAGCAGUCAUAGCAGCACCAGACAUUUUGCUAUAUAAUGAUAACAUUCCUAGUUCUCAGACAGAUGAACUUAUAGUUUGAAGGACUUAAAUAUGUCUUGCGCCUUUGGAUUUAUUUGGGUGAUCGUUUUAUCCUAGGACCUAGCUGAGAAUUUAGUCCAGGAAUUUACACUUUUAACUGUUAUAAUGCUGUAUUUCAUUUUGUACAUUUGUUUAAAAAUAUAAAGUGCACAAACUAUUGAGUAGAUGUAUGAUCACAUUUAGACCUAUGGGAGGAAAUAUACUUUACAUAGCUAACUUCGUACUCCUUUGUGACUAACCUAGCCAUGUUUAUUGUUUACUGAUUUAUGUUAGCAGUUGUACAUUUAAAUAAAGGCACAUACAUGAUCUGUAUAAUGGGUCUUAUCCUAAGAGUUUAGGAUCCUUUCUCACUUUAAAAAAAUAUGGAACUUUUGUUUGUAUUGGUUACAUUUAUCAAUAUUUACUAUAUUAAAAAUUAAAAUUGAUGCAC